GUUUUAAAAUCAUUAAAAACUAAUAAAAUAUUAGUUGUUUCCCCUCUUUUCUGUUUUUGUAAUUAUUACGCUUUCCCCCCUCAAAUUGUGCAAAAUAGCCCAAUAGUUUUAGCCUCUUCUUCUCAACGAAGCUGUAGAAGGUAAAGCAUCAAAAGAAGAAGAUGGUUCAGAGUUUGAAGGUUGCGUUAUUCACUAGGCGAAGCCUUCAAAAUAUUCGUCUCCUCACUCAAACGAGAAACCAAUGCUCUCUUCUUGACCAUUUCCAUGACCAUGAUCACGAACAAGAAGUGCUUGUUGAAGGCAGGGCUUGGUCCAGAACCGCCAUUCUUAACAGACCAUCAGUUCUCAAUGCUCUUAAUACUAAUAUGGGUGUCAGACUGCAUGAAUUGUACAAUUCAUGGGAAGAAAACCCUGAUGUUGGUUUUGUUGUCUUGAAGGGUAGUGGCAGGGCUUUUUGUGCUGGUGGAGAUAUUGUUUCGCUUUAUCAUAUGAUCAAUGAAGGGAAGAUAGAACAUUGUAAAAAGUUUUUCAGCACAUUGUAUACUUUUAUAUAUAUGGUUGGUACAUACGUGAAGCCUCAUGUGGCGAUUCUAAAUGGCAUUACCAUGGGUGGUGGGACUGGAAUUUCAAUUCCUGGGACUUUUCGAGUUGCAACUGAUAAAACUGUUUUUGCUACCCCUGAAACCCUGAUUGGUUUCCACCCUGAUGCUGGUGCAUCUUUCCACCUCUCACAUCUGCCUGGUCGCAUGGGAGAGUACUUGGGUCUAACAGGGGAAAAGCUUAAAGGAGAAGAAAUGGUUGCUUGUGGGGUUGCUACGCACUAUUCUCAUAGUUCACGGGUUCCAUUAAUUGAAGAGCAUCUAGGGAAUUUGGUUACAGAUGAUGCAUCUAUUGUUGAAUCUUCAUUAGAUAAAUAUGGUGAUCUUGUUCACCCAGAUAAAACAAGUGUACUUCACAGAGUCGAAAUACUUGACAAAUGUUUCAGCCAUGACACUGUUGAAGAAAUCAUUGAUUCGUUGGAAAUCGAGUCAUCUAAAACAAAAGAUCCAUGGUGCAUUUCCACUCUAAAACGAUUGAAAGAAGCAUCACCUUUGAGCCUGAAGGUGUCUUUGAAAUCUAUACGAGAAGGAAGAUACCAAACACUUGAUCAGUGCUUGAUUCGUGAAUAUAGAAUGUCCCUACAAGGGAUAUCCAAGCAGAUCUCGAGUGAUUUUUGUGAGGGUGUUCGGGCUCGAUUGGUGGACAAAGAUUUAUCACCAAAGUGGAAUCCUCCUACCUUAGCGCAAGUAUCUGAAGAUAUGGUGAACCAAUAUUUCUCUCCACUAAGUGAAGCUGAGCCUGAUCUUGAUCUACCCACCCAUUUGCGAGAAGCAUUCCCUUGAUUUUCCCACAACUUUCCUCUUGAGCUUUCAAUUUUACCAUUCAUAUGCUCUUCGUCUAUCCUUCAGGAAUGUUUCAUCCAAUUCAAAGGAUAAUACUCGCAAGAUUCUCUUCAGCUUGGUAAUUUGUCAUUUGCUACAUGACAUAGUUAAAUAAAUAAAAUGGCCUCCAUUUUAGAA